UCUCUGCCCCUCAACCACACCUUCAACCUGGAGCUGGAGAGGGCCAGGCUGCUGAAACUGGUGGUGCUCACUCCUUACCCCGGGCUGAGACGACCACCACGAAGGGCAGCGACUCCACAGCAGCGACCAGGAACAGGGUCUGCUGUCUGGGGCUGUGUCCAUACCCCUCUGUUCAAGUCCCCAGCCUCUCGGUCUCAGCAGAUAUGCGUUAGAUUAGAGCCCAGGGGUCUACUGUACGUGAAGCUGACCCUGUUGGAGCAGUGGGAGCCCCCCGACCCCCGACCCUGCCACCUCAACCCCCCCAUGGUGUUUGGAGUGGAGCUGCGCCACCUGGUGGACAAGGAGAACACCGCUGCCCCAGUUCCUCUGCUCAUACAGAAGAGUGUGGCUGAGAUCCAGAAGAGAGGCCUGAGGGUGGUGGGUCUGUACCGUCUGUGUGGUUCAGCAGCAGUGAAGAAGGAACUGAGAGACGCGUUUGAGAGGGACAGUGCUGCUGUCAGCCUGAAUGAAGAGGCUUAUCCUGACAUCAACGUGAUCACAGGCAUUCUGAAGGACUACCUACGUGAGCUGCCGAUCCUCCUAUCUGGGACCUUGUACGAGGUGGUUUUGGAAGCCAUGUCUCCUCCUCCUUCUCGCUCCUCCCCUG